CCUUGAACUAAACAGCAUUGAAAAUGUAUUGAUUAUGACUAAGGAUUGGGACCAUAUUAUGCAGACAGUGUGCAGUUUGUUUAUCCUUAAAGGAGUUUUUGUAUGGAUAUUUGAUUGACACUGGAAUAACAAUGGCGUGCUCCAAAUACAAAUCAACAAGGGAAACAACACAUGCUGCCCGUUUGUCCCGGUUAUUAGUGGAUCCUUGUACGGACCUCUGCAGGGACCUUCUAAGGAACCAUAGUACAGAAAUCAAUUUCCCGGGAAUCCUCCGACAAAAGAAACAGGUGCUGAGUCCCAUUCUUAAUAAAGCCCAGAGAGGUUUAUUGUAUCCAAUCAAAGGAUCCUACACCGGAACGUAUAAUGACUUUGACCUAUCUUUAUUGUAUGUAUUGUUGAGAAACAUAGCAGGUAUUGUACCUCACAAAAAAGGAUGGGCCAGUCCACCAGAUCCCUCAGAUCGAUCCCUGUCUGCGAAUAUUGACCGUAUAAGGGAGAUACGUAACACCUAUUGUGGUCAUGCAGCCAGGGUCUCCCUAUCUGACUCAGAGUUUAAAAUGCUCUGGCAGGAUUUGACCGUUACAAUAGGAGAACUCGAGGGCAGUCUUCCAGGAGGAUGUACAACAUACACAGACGCUGCGAACCAGAUAGAAGUAGAUACUAUGGAUCCUGAGCAGGAAAAGAGAUAUCUGGAUGUUAUUGAUACCCAACAUCAAGAUAUAGAAGUCCUCAAAGAAACAACAAUUGAACUACAAGAACAAGUCGCUGAUGUACAAGAACAAGUGUCUGGUGUACAAGAACAAGUGUCUGAUGUACAAGAACAAGUAUCUGAUGUACAAGGACAAGUCUCUGAUGUACAAGAACAAGUCGCUGGGCUACAGAUGACUGUGGAGAAACAGAAAAUAUCAGAUGCAAAGUCUCCCAUUCCUCCAAAUGUUAGAGAGCAAUAUGAUAUUGACAUUCGGAAAUGGAGAGGGGAAGACAAGCGUUACUAUGAGACACACAGCUUUUCGUCAAUGAUGCAGAAAGUGAGAAACCAACCUUAUGUAACGUUUGUUGGUGUGCCGGGAUCUGGAAAGACUGCCUCGGUUCACCACAUCGCGCUCAAGCUCCAGGAGGAAGGUUACGAGGUUGUACCAGUUGAUGAAAUCAGAGAGAUAAAGCAAUACUGUGACACAAAAAAAUCACAGGUUUUUCUUAUUGAUGAUAUAGUGGGUGUCUUUGGACUCCAAAAAACUAAAUUAGAUAUGUUGAGAGAAUUUGAACAUAAAAUAACUCAGCCGUGUAUGGUUAAGUCUAGGACUUUGAUGACAUGUAGAGAGGCUGUGUUCAAUGAAGCACUACUUUGCAAAACAUUCCUUACCAAAGAAGACACUGUAAUUAAGUUGCACAGUUCUGAGCAUGCAUUAGAUAACAAAGACAAAAAAGAGAUUCUACAGAAAUAUGAUUUAAAUAUUAAUCUAAUAUCCCCUGCAUUGCUGACAUCAACAUCUCGCAUGUUUCCUCUUCUUUGUAAAUUGUUUUCAAAGGAAACGAAAUUCCAAGCUCUUGGUUCAAAGUUUUUUCUGAAUCCUGUCCAAUGUAUCAUUGAUGAACUUGAUGAAAUGCAACGAGAAAACAAACUAAAUUAUGCAACACUUGUUUUGUGUGUGCUAAAUAGAAACUGCCUUUCAGAAAAGAUUUUAGACGAAACAGAAAAUGAACAUUUCAUGAAUAUGAAAAAGGACACGUUGAAAAAAUGCAGAUUAGAGUACAACACUGAUACAUUCAAGUUCAUGGAUGUUUUGUCAGCAAUGGAGGGGACAUACAUAAAACAGUGUGGUGUACAAUUCACAGUUAUACAUGACUCCAUGUUUGAAAUAUGUGCUUAUCAUUAUGGUCAAAAAUUUCAUGAUCAAAUAUUGAUAUAUACGAGUAGCAGUUAUAUUGCUAAUUAUGUCAAACCACAAAAAAGUGAUUCAGGUAUUCUGAGCAAAGUGAAAGAGAAACAAGGUCAUUCUCAAUAUGUUGAGGGUGAUGAGAGCAGUUGUGAAAGUAGUGAGAAAGAAAAAGAGAAUGAUGAUAAGAACAAUGAGAGAGCGGAAUCAUUUGAUCUGUGUAUAAGAUUACGCGAGGAUCAGUACCCACUGCUAGCAAAGAGAUUGUACAGAGACAUACAGAACAUGGAGUUGUAUGAUGUUUUCAGGAAUCAGGUUUUAAAACAUCACAAGGUAUGUCAGACUUUUGUUGAUGUGUUGGAGAUGAAGUCAUGGACGGAAGUGAAAUUCUUGUUUUUGUCCAGUCAUGAACAUACAUAUAAGAUCGUGAAUAAACAAAAAUAUGUAGUGAAGGAGAGUGAGAGUAGGAAAGAGUGGGGUGAGUGGUGGAAACAGAAUAUACUGGUGGAUCGUAGGUAUAAACGAGACGAUAAAGGGAAACUGAUAUACAAUGCACAAAAGUACAAUAUAAGAGUGAUCAGCUGGGUAAUUUAUUACAGACAUCCCCGGAUUCUACAAUACUUAAUACAACGUACUGGAGAACACAAUGAAAUAAAUGAAUUAUUUGGGAUUACAGGAAAUACUCCAAACCGAUCUAAAAGCAUUAGCCAUAUGUGUAAUAACAGAGGUCAAAAGGAGACAAAAAGUUUACAAGAGAGAGAGGUGUUUAGAGAACAGUUCAGAUUACUUCUCUUGAGUUGUUAUAGUGGUGAUGUACAGACAGUCAAAAUAAUUCUGCCAUAUGUCUACAGGAAGUCAAUUAAUUGGAUAGAUCAGAUCGGUGAAGGUGUUUAUGGUCACUAGUCUUUU